AAAAAUCUUCCUUCUCGUUCCACAGGUACGAAGAUGAAGCUGAUCGUGACAACGAUGAUGUGCCUGGCAGUGUUAAAGGCGUCGUUCGCGUUGCCGUUGCCUGCAUCGGUCGGGCUGGCCCACGUGGACGUCUUGCCGAUGCCGGGCACCGCACCCGAUCCGAAACAGAAAGCCGUGAAAGUGGAACCGGCCCCGGCGCAGUCGGCCGAGUCCGCCGACAAGCGCAACCUGAAGAGCGACCCGAUACCGGACCCGCUGCCUGAGAAGCCCGAGGAGAAGAAGGAGGAACCAGCUGCGAAACCCGAAGAGAAGAAGGAUGACCUGAUCAUCCCAGAGAAGAAGCUGCCCGAGCAGCCGCAACCGAGCCAGGAGGCGCAAUCUCAACCAGCUCAGGAGCCGAAACUGGAACAGCCUCAAGAGGAGGAGGGCUUGAAACCGGCCGCGUCCGAAACCCACGAGACGGUGCAAGCUGCGCCGCAAGAGCCCAAGCAGGAACCCGCCGAAGCUUCCGCCGAGCAAACCAAAGUCGUGCCUCUCGAAGGCAAGAGCUCCGAGCAGGCCGACUCCGCUGAGAAGUCCGCAGAGUCAAAGGAGGAGUCUAAAGAAGAGAAGAAACCUGAGAAAGCGAAAUCCAGCGAAUUGAAGGAGGACGAAGCCCAAUCGUCCGAAUCCUCCGAAGAGAAGUAUGCCCUCGCGCCUGAAGAGAAGAAGCUCCUGGACAAACCCGAAGAGCAAGAGGAGAAGAAAGCCGAGGAGAAACCGGACCGCGUGACCCGCGACGCCGAGGAGGCAGUUCCAGCAGUAAAGAAGCUCGACGAACCGGCCGAGCAGUCCCCAGCGGCCGCUGAAACCAAGAAGAGUGAGCCACAGGCGAAACCGGCGGUCGAGGAAGCGAAACCCGCGCUAAAGAACGAGAAGGACGAACCAGCUGCGCAACAACCCGCGGCCAGCUCCGAAAAAUCCGCUGAGGAGGCGCCCGCAGCCGCUGCUCCACCAGCGAAGGAGGCGAAGAGUGCUCAGGUCGCUGUUCAAGAUAAACCCGAAGAAGCUAACCAGGAGUCGCAGGUCACAGCCGAAUCUAAUUUGCAAGCAAAAGUUGCGCCGGCUGAAGAGAAGAAAGAGGAACCCCUGAAGCAGGACGCCGCGAAGGAGGGGAAAUCGGAAGAAUGCUCAGAGGAGGAGACGGACAAAUCGGCGGAAGAGAAAUCUGAAAAAUCUUCGGAUGACAAGUCGGACAAGUCCGCGGAUGUGAAGUCGGAAAAGUCCUCGAAUGAGAAAUCGGAGAAGGCGUCGACCGAGACCACCGCGGAGUCUGCAGAUAAGUCCUCCGAGGAGAACGAGGCUAAGUCUGCCAAAGCUAAAUCCGAGCUUUUGCCGAAGCCCCAGGAGUCGGAGAAGUCCGCAGAUGAGAAGUCGGACAAAUCCUCGGAAGAGAAAUGGGAGAAGAGACUCGUCUACGAAGACAAGUCCUCUGAGGACAACGAGUCCAAAUCUGCCGAAGCCAAGCCCGAGCUUUUGCCAAAGCCCCAGGAGCUUAGGCAGGAAUCCGAGUAAAGCGGGCGUUGGGAGGCGGGACGACGCACAACGGUAGCCCCGGAAGCAGC